UGUAAAUAUUGGCAAAUAAAGCCAAAGCAUAUUCCCAUUCAUUAAAAUCUAUUUGAUCUAGAUUUCUAGAUCUAAUAUUAAAUCUAGAUUAGAUCUAGUUGAUUUAGUACUAAGAUCCAGAUCUAUAUCAAUAAUAUUAUGAUAAUAAUAAUAGAUAUAUAGGCCUAGCCAUAGGUCUAUCAGAUUAGGCCUACUAAUUCUAGCCAGAGGCAGAAGAAGGUGCGUAGCGCUACACUACUCACUACAGUACACAGCGGCUACACAGUUGGUCUGAAUUGCUCUGUAAGAACCAAAUUAGUUUGAUGAAACUGCUAAAGCUGGUUACUUAUCUGAACUUUGGCUGGGUGUGACAAGAUUCUGGUGGGGGAAAUGGCAACAUCCAUGGUAGAUUUACCAGACAUAACUGUGGAUGAAGCUAAGAAAGGAUUUAUCCGAGUGAAGUUGGAGACGGAUGGUCUGAAGGCAGCAGUGAAAGGCAGUGAGCAUCAACAGCCAGAGGCAACCAACGCAGAGAUUCUACACACCAAGUUUCAUUCAAGAGGAUUCACCUUAAGUGUAAAGUGGACUGAUGGCGAGAGAAAGAAGGACCUCACCUACACUAGAAGGAAGACACCAUUUGAGAUUGUUCCAGAAAAAAGUUACAUGACUAUAGCCAAUGAUAAAAUCUUCCUGCUGCUAAAGAAGAAAGACAACUCCUCCUGGUCUACAGAGAUAUCCAGUGGUUACUUCACUAUGGAAGAGGUGGACUGACUGCCCCUGCUAGUCUACACUUGACCUCCCUGUUAGUCUACAUUUGACUGUAACUGCUGUUUAUUUGCUAACUCAUCAAGCAUGUUUUAGGUCAAAUAACUCGGAGAGUGGGGGACUCAUACCCCCUCCUUCUACCACGUAGUCAGUUUAAAAUUAUGUUGGAAUAUGUUUUAAAAACUAAUGAUUGGCAGAGGCGUAGCAAAGGUAGGGCAGGGGGGUACAUAUGUCCCCGUGGCGCCAAAAUGAGUUGGAAAAAAAUUAAAAGCUCAUUUUAGCUGCAGUUUUGCAUUAUUAAUAUAAAAAUAUAUGGGGGGGGGGGGGGAGGCCAAAUUGAAAGUUUGUCCCCGGGCGUCGAGAAGCGUAGCUACGCCUCUGAUGAUUGGGACCCUUCAUUUUACUACCCUCAGCUAGCCUGGUCAGCUCAAAUUAUUUGAAAUAAUUUGCUGGGUUUAUGUUUAUCUAGUCAUAGGUCAUCAGCUGAUUAUAUUUGUCAUAGGUCAUCAGCUGACUAUAUUUGUCAUAGGUCAUCAGCUGACUAUAUUUGUCAUAGGUCAUCAGAUGACUAUAUUUGUCAUAGGUCAUCAGCUGACUAUAUUUGUCAUAGGUCAUCAGGUGACUAUAUUUGUCAUAGGUCAUCAGAUGACUAUAUUUGUCAUAGGUCAUCAGCUGACUAUAUUUGUCAUAGGUCAUCAGAUGACUAUAUUUGUCAUAGGUCAUCAGCUGACUAUAUUUGUCAUAGGUCAUCAGGUGACUAUAUUUGUCAUAGGUCAUCAGAUGACUAUAUUUGUCAUAGGUCAUCAGCUGACUAUAUUUGUCAUAGGUCAUCAGGUGACUAUAUUUGUCAUAGGUAAUCAGCUGACUAUAUUUGUCAUAGGUCAUCAGCUGACUAUAUUUGUCAUAGGUCAUCAGGUGACUAUAUUUGUCAUAGGUCAUCAGAUGACUAUAUUUGUCAUAGGUCAUCUGAUGACUAUAUUUGUCAUAGGUCAUCAGCUGACUAUAUUUGUCAUAGGUCAUCAGGUGACUAUAUUAGUCUAGUCAUAGGUCAUCAGGUGACUAUAUUAGUCUAGUCAUAGGUCAUCAGGUGACUAUAUUUGUCAUAGGUCAUCAGGUGACUAUAUUAGUCUAGUCACAGGUCAUCAGCUGACUAUAUUUGCUUCAUCAAUUCCCACACCUUGGGCAUUGCACACAGCUAAAAAAUAAUGUGCUAUGUUGUUGUAAUGAUUACUGUCAUCCCCACCACUCAUGAUGGGGUUUUGUGGAGUUACCUGUGUUUAAAACACAUUUCAAGUUACCUGUGUUUAAAACACAUUUCACUGUGAGGUGGAGUUAUCUGUGUUUAAAACACAUUUCACUAUGAGGUGGAGUUACCUGUGUUUAAAACACAUUUCACUGUGAGGUGGAGUUACCUGUGUUUAAAACACAUUUCACUGUGAGGUGGAGUUACCUGUGUUUAAAACACAUUUCAAGUUACCUGUGUUUAAAACACAUUUCACUGUGAGGUGGAGUUAUCUGUGUUUAAAACACAUUUCACUGUGAGGUGGAGUUAUCUGUGUUUAAAACACAUUUCACUAUGAGGUGGAGUUACCUGUGUUUAAAACACAUUUCACUGUGAGGUGGAGUUAUCUGUGUUUAAAACACAUUUCACUAUGAGGUGGAGUUACCUGUGUUUAAAACACAUUUCACUGUGAGGUGG